AUGUUAAUAAGGUUAAUAGUUGUAUUGGUCGGUGACUCUGGCGUAGGUAAAACUACGUUAGUUUCUACUUUUGUCAAGGAGAAACCCGAUCUUGAAAUCACUUCAACGGUUUGUAUUGAAAUGCGUGUACAUGAGGUCGAAUUAAUAAAUUCUUCCUACGUCAAAUUAGAAAUUUGGGAUUCUGCUGGGUGUGAGAAAUACAGGUCUGUAGCUAAAAAUCAUUAUAAAAACGCUCUGGGAGCCUUAAUCGUUUAUAAUAUAACACAAAGAGAAUCAUUUACGAAUGUCGACAACUGGCUAAAAUUAAUUAGAGAGAACUGCCCAGAAGACGCGGUUAUUUACCUGAUUGGAAACAAAUUGAAUCGCAAUGAUAUAUUGGGAGAAGGUAGACCUUAA